GUGCAAACUGGCGUUUUUAUUUUUUAGGCAAUAACUCACUAUUUCUGCCGAAUACCCCGUGGAGUUUAUUUCUCAGGACGCCCUUUUAUUUUAUCCAUCGCAUCGAGCCCCCUCCUCUCCUUUUCUUAAUCGCAUUCUCUCUUUCCAAUCCCUAAUCAACGCGCAACUGCAAAGUUUCGACAUUGCAGCUAUACAAUUUGAUGGACAAUCAUGGAUGAGAAUGACCUUCCUUUUAAAGUGGGUCAGCUUGCAGAGGCAAGAUCUUUUGCACAAGGUUACCGUGGUGCUUGGUUCCGUUGCAAGAUAAUAGAUAUUGCCCGGAGAGAUUCUGGGAUGCAGUAUGCAUUGCAAUAUUACGACUUUCCAGAUGAAAAACUAAAUUGGACAAAGCUAUAUCAAUAUCCAAAGCCUAGACUCAAGAAUACAGAGAGGCAAUUGAUGGUGCGCCCUUGCUUUCCUUCUGUCUAUCUUGAAAGCAAAUUGUCUGAAAUCAAGACCAUCUCAGAAUUGGUAGUCGCUGUGAAUGAUGUUUGGAAGGUGGGAGAUUUUGUAGAUUGGUGGACUGAUGGUUGUUAUUGGUCUGGAAGACUAACUAAAGCAUUAGGAAAUGACAAAUAUCAGAUUGAAUUGUUUCCACCCCCUGCUGGUGAAGGGUCGUCUUAUGAAGCUUCCUCCAAGGAUUUCCGCCCAUCCUUGAGUUGGUCUCCAGACAAUGGUUGGACAGUGCCAAUUCCUUCGGGGAUCAACAAUCAUCAUCCAUGUGCUCGGUUGAUCAAACCUGUGAAUCAAGGGAGUCCCACAAACUUGGCAGUCCAUGCAGCUGAUAAAAUGAGAAAGGACCCCGAAGAUACAGUUAGAGCAUCUUACGAGCUGAAUGCUUCGCUUUCUUCCCAUAUUGCAACUAGUAGAUAUGAACUAAUGGGAAAAGGGCCUUUGAACCCUGCUGCAUCUAAGGAGACACGUACACCAGGAAGAAAUAUAGUGUUAGGUGUAACAAAUGGUGGAGCUGCUAAAUCUAGGUGCUCAGAUAGUCAAUCAAGUCCACAAGUUAGAGAUGCAUCUGCUGAAGUGGUGGAAGAUGCUGGCGGAAAGGACAAUGACGAUAAUGACCCCCCCCUGAAGAAGAUGAGAACUGAUGGAGGUAUAUGUUCGGAUUCCACAUUCUCAGAUACGAUUGGAGCUGCUGUUCUGGACCUGGAGGUGCUCGUUAACCGGGUAAAAUGGAUGAAGGAUGCCUUGAAGUUUGGGAUGCCUUUGUCAAAUACUGCAAGACUGUCAUGGAAGUUUUUGGAACACCGAGGACCUUCCAGACAAGAGUGAUUGCAUUUUAGAGACUAGCUUAGAUGAUCAGCUGCUAUCAGUUGAAAAACCGAGGAGGAGCAUUGACAAGUACUGAUAAAUCUUAACUUUACAAUAUCACCUGUAAAUUUGUGCCCUCUAAAACUCCAAUCUCGUAACAAUUUUGCCUCUCAAAA